CCAAAUGGACGGGCUACAUUCUUCCUCUCUACAUGUCUGACUCAAACAGUGACAGCCAACCGGAUUCUCAGUUUGAUGAAACAAACGGAGUAGAUUGGAAGUGGCCACGUGAUGCUAAAUAUGUUGCCGCACGAUUUGGAUCGUGUGGUGGUGACAGACAAAACUCAAAAAAGAUCAUCGUUCGUAGGCACUUUCCACAUAUAGAUAGUACUUCUGUGCCAACUUCAGACUCUGUCAAGCCAACAAAAGAUGUAAAUGUUGAGCCUACCAACGACGAUACUGAAUCUGCUUCUACGAACUUCUCUGACCCACUUUCUGCUACAAAUGAAAGUAACACUGUACCUCCAACUGCAACUCCUACUGCACCUUCACCUGUUACACCAGCUGUAGACAAGACGUGGUACUUGAAUCUCAGCUUUCGCGAACUCCAGGCUUCACGGCGUCCUGAACAUGUUGUUUGGACCUUUAACAUAUCUGACUUCCGUGAAUGGGAAUCGAAACCAAACAACACUAAAGCAAAUGCUGCUAUAGCCAAGAUGGUGGAGGGGAAAGAGAGAAAAUGUUAUUUUCCGUGGGGCAUUACACAUCUAUUUGAUAUUGAUUCAAGCAAAUCAUAUGAGUUUAGUGUUUAUAUCAAAAGCACACAACUCGAUCUUCACAACCUUUUUGGUUUUCGAGCGUAUGACAAAGACAAAAAUCUUCUGACCUUCCCAUUACUUUCAAGUGACUAUCUGCAGUAUUAUUCUGAUGUCACAAACAAACCGUAUUUCAAAAGAAGUAACAAUGAUGCAAAUGAGUGGACAAGAUGGAAUGGAUUUGUACUUCCGGACGGAGCUGAUGACAAUUUUUCCCACCUCAGAGGACGAAACUGGGUGUGGCCACGAGGUGCCAAAUAUGCACAGUUGAGGUUUGGCACUUGCUAUGGCGACGGAAACAACCAAGGAAUGACCUAUUUCGCUCUUCCUCUAAUGGUGCAGACUGAUUUCUAGUCGUAGAAUGUCAUGUACUUGUGUCGUUUCAGACGAACCAACAGCUAGUUAGAUACGUAUAUGUAGAGCGAGUCUGAAAUCGUGACUUUCCAUGCACGGUUUCGAAUACGAUUCUGCAUGCUGUCUCGUAGUACAGUCAUUUUGUGACAAAUUGUGAGUCACCCUUAAUUAAAGUAAUUGCAA